AUGGUUGGUGUUGGAAUCAAGGGUAUUCUUGUUCAUGAUAAAAAUGGAUUGUUAUUAGCAAGUAAAGAUGUUUCAAUAUCUCCUGGACCAAUAGCAUUAUUAGCUGAAUUUGCAGAAUCAUUAUCAGGUGGAAAAACAACUGUUUGUCUUGAACAUAAUGAAGCAUGGAUAGAACAAAUAUCGAAUGAAUUUGUUGGUGUUCUUGGAUCGUAUAUUAUCCGUUUACAACAUAUAAAUGAAAAUCUUCAUUAUACAUUUUAUACGAAUAUUUCAAAUAAGAAUCUUUUAAAUUUAUCAAAUGAAAAUGAUCGUCAAACUGAAACAUCUCUUAUCUUACAUAAUUAUUUUCAAUUAUCGAUAAAACUUCAUGAUUUAUUUCAAAUAUGGUGUAAAUCUGAUGAAAGAUUUCAAAAUCGAUUAAUACCAAUUGGUAUACGUGUUUUAGCACAAGAUCCUCUAGAAAAUUUAAUAUCAUUUAUAUGUUCAAGUAAUAAUAAUGUACAGCGUAUAACAAAAAUGAUUAAAUUACUUUGUGAUAAAUAUGGAAAACAAAUUGGUACAUUGAAUGGUAUAACUUAUCAUGAAUUUCCAACAAUAGAUGAACUUGAUAAACCAAAUCUUGAACAAUGUUUACGAGAAUUAAAUUUUGGUUAUCGUGCUCGAUAUAUUCAAGAAACAAUUAAAUAUCUUAAAUAUACUAUUAAUGAUUUAUUAUUUUUUGAUCGAUUAAAAUCUUUAUCAGUUAAAGAAGCCCGUAUUGAAUUAUUAAAAAUUAUGGGUGUUGGUAGAAAAGUUGCAGAUUGUGUUCUAUUAAUGUCAUUUGGAAAACAAGAUGUUGUACCUGUCGAUACUCAUAUACAUUCAAUAGCAGUAACAUAUUAUGGACAAAAAAAACAUUUACAUUUAACUACAAGUAAUUAUGAUGAUAUAUCUUCAUUUUUUGAACAACUUUGGAAACCAUUUGCUGGUUGGGCACAAGCUGCAGCAUUUUCUAAUGAACUUCGUUCGACAAUUAAUAAUCAAACUAAUAUAAAAUCAACAUCAUUGAAACGUUCAAUAAGUAGUUAUGAAACUAAUAAUCAAAAUCAAUUAGUAAAACAUAGAAAAAAAAAAUUAUCAAUUAAACAAGAAAUAAAAGACUGUUAA